UUUCAUAGGUUUAUGUAGGAUUUUCAGGUGAUAUGGUCGUAACCCGGCGGGAAUAACGACACCAGCGCCGCGUUAUUUUAUUGGUAAUUUUGUGUAUAGUUCAUAAACUUUGUAUAUUAUUCCAUUAUGAUUCGUUGAUAAAAUAAAGUUCUUAAUUGUUGGUGUCAUAUAUUGUUUGCACGCAAUAUCGUUUAAUACGUAAUUAAUAGUGAGAACGCGUUCUGUGAAAAGGCGACGAUCUUUUAGCGGCACCGUCCGCCAUUAUUGGCGUUUGCACGGCGUUCAACAAAGUUUUCUGUCGUUUAUAGGAACGAAACCACGCCUAUAACCUGAAGAUUUAUACCAUACUAUGAUGGCACGCAGUCGUAAAGAUAGUACGGGUAAAAGCGACACCGAAGUCACUGAUAAAGAAAAUAAGAGGGAAAGAGGUAGAGAAAGAGAUAGAAAAAAGCGGGCUGGCUCUACAUCUAGUAGUGGCAGUAGUUCCUCAGAUAGUAGCUCAGGAUCAUCAUCUACAAGUAGUGGAAGUAGUUCCAGAUCAAGCUCUACAUCUAGUACUACUUCUACUAGUUCAGCAAGUUCUUCUGGAAGCUCUAGAGACAGAGGGAGAAAACGAAGUAGAAGCAAAAGUGUUGAUGCUUCACGUAGACAUGAUAAUAAAGAAAAAGAAAGAGAAAAAGAAAGAGAAAGAGAAAGAGAUAGAGACAGGGACAGAGAUAGAGAUAGAGAAAAAGAUAAAAAGAAGAGUAGUAAUUCUGUAAUUGAUAAACCAAAACCCAAAGGACGCUCUAGAUCACCUUCACCACGUAGAAAACGUAGGGAAAGAUCACCAAUUCCUAGACCAACAAAAAUACAUAUUGGACAUCUAACCCGUAAUGUUACUAAGGAACACAUUAUGGAAAUUUUUUCUACAUAUGGUCAGAUAAAAAUGGUCGAUUUUGCAAUGGAUAAGCUUCAUCCAAAUCAAGGACGAGGGUUUGCCUAUGUGGAAUUUGAAACAGCAGAUGAAGCUGAAAAUGCAAUGAAACAUAUGGAUGGUGGACAGAUAGAUGGCCAAGAAAUUACUGCUGCCCCAGUAUUAUUACCAAAACCACGACCAUUACCGAUGCGGAGAAUGUCACCUUUAAUGGGAAGAAGAGCACCCCCACGAUGGGGUGGUGGUGGUAGAAAUACUCCUCCUCGUUAUCGUAGACGUUCGCCACCAAUUAAUCGUCGUAGAAGCCCACGGCCACCAAGACGUAGACCAAGAACUCGAUCGCGAAGUCCCCCAAAUAAUCCACGACAUCGGCAUCGUCGCUACACGAGAUCAAGCUCAAGCAGUUCUCGAUAGCAACUUUUUUUGUACAUAUAAAAUAAGAACUGAAUUUGACCAAACUCAGUUCAUCCUGGUUGGUCGUCUUAAUAUAUUAAGCAAUUUUUACCGAUUCAUUCGAUCAUAUUGACAGGGAAGUGUAUGCACUCAAAAAUUUAAUACACUUGUUCACAACGGUGUUUAUGACAAUUCACGUUUUUGUCGAUGAUUAAAACACCGUUCGUGAUCUGCAAGUUCUGCUUUUGAAAUAUAUCAAUUUCACACGUGAUAAGUAUAUUGCUAUUAAUUGGUACCUGAAGGCUGAUGACCCCGGAUGAAAAAUAUGUAUUCUUAAACAUUGUCACAUGAUCGUAUUAAAUAUAAGGCAUGAAGACUUCAGAAGAAAUAUUAUUUACCAAUAAGUACGUAAUGUAAGCAUAAUUAUUUAGAGAAAUACAAAUAAUUAAAAAUUUGUCAUGAAAUAUAGUGGCAGUGUCUAUUUAUAAAUGAUUGACAUUUUUUUUCUGAGGUCUUUAUGAAUUGUAAAAUGUUUCAGGCUUGGUAGAAGUACUAGAAACGACAGAUUUGAUAGAAACUAUGAUUAUUAGACCCUUUUACAAAGAAUCAAUUUUAGAAAAAACCUAUUCACACAAAAUCCUCUUUUAUACUUCGCGAUAUCUACAAGAACAGAAUCAUUGCAUCACAUUGCAAUCUUGUAUCGAUGAAAAAUAUCUACAAUUUUUAAAUUGCA